GCACCCACGACCGCAUCCCCCCAUCGCCAACUCUCAGACCGGUCUUGUCGAGCUCAGCACCGUCGACAAGAUGCCUACCCGAUUUUCGAAGACAAGGAAAGCCCGCGGUCAUGUUUCCGCCGGUUACGGUCGCAUUGGCAAGCACCGUAAGCAUCCCGGUGGUCGUGGUAUGGCCGGUGGUCAGCACCACCACCGGACCAACCUUGACAAGUACCACCCCGGUUACUUCGGUAAGGUCGGAAUGAGGUACUUCCACAAGACCCAGCAGCAGUUCUGGAAGCCCACCAUCAACCUCGACAAGUUGUGGUCUCUUGUUCCUGCCGAGCAGCGCGAUGCCUACGUGAGUGGCCAGAAGACCGACACCGCUCCUGUCAUCGACCUCCUCGCCCUCGGCUACUCUAAGGUUCUGGGCAAGGGCCGUCUCCCCGAGGUCCCCAUCGUCGUCCGCGCCCGCUACUUCAGCCGUGACGCCGAGAAGAAGAUCAAGGAAGCUGGCGGUGUUGUUGAGCUUGUUGCUUAAAUGUGGAAAUCAACGUUUCUACCUGAAGGACAAGACUGGGACAGGUGCUGCGCUGGCUACGGUUCGGUGCAAUAGAGGGUCAAUUUUCUCCCCUGGUGAUGAAAUCUUCAAAUGGGAGCCGCGGAUCGGGCACCUUGGUCCGUGUAUCUACAAAACAAGAGGGUUCUAGUUUGUGACGAGCUCAAAAGGGCCGCCAGACGCCCUCACGAUCAAACUUUAUCGAACAAUACCAUGAAGGAGGAUUGGAACUUUACUUUCUCGUCUGGCUCAAUCUUCGACCACUUUUAAUUCGGUCCUGAAAUGUCGCAACGGGCUGUCGCUAAAAGUUAUCCGUUUUAGUCAUCACCUCUAAUGGCACAGACGGUUUAUUGAAUAAAGUUCGC